AUGCGCUUCUGUUUCUCAACACUCCUCGGCCUAAUGGCUUCUCUCGCUGCCUCAGCACCGACCGGUAAUCCAGACUUCUCACCGGGCAGUGUCUACUUCCCGCUUGCAAACGGCUUUCCGAAUCCGAAUCCACAGGCCAUACUCCAAAUACAAAAGGAUGGCCAUGGUACACUACCUAACGGCCCGCCACCACCUACAAUCAGCCCUGAUGGCGUCAUAAACCUCAAACUGAUUGCGCUCAAUGAACUCUUCGAGGUAGCCUUCUUCAGCGAACUCGUCUUCAACCUGACCAAUAAGGUGGACGGCUACAACCUCGGACCUGAACAUGAUUACGUCCUCGAAUCCCUAGAAGCAAUCGUGGCGCAGGAGGAGAUGCAUGUAUUGAACGCGAAUGAAGCAUUAAAACACUUCAACCAAGUCGCCAUUGAGGGCUGCAAAUACGAUUUCCCCGUCGACGAUUUCGCCAGCGCUAUCGAUCUCGCAGCGACAUUUACUUCGAUUGUCCUAGGUACGCUACAAGAUGUGGAGCAACUCUUUGCUCGCUCGCAGGACCUCGAUCUCGUCCGCGCCGUGGCUUCGGUGAUCGGCAAUGAAGGUAGCCAGGAAGGUUUCUUCCGCGUCAUGCAAAGAAAAAUCCCGUCUGCGCAGCCCUUUAGCACAACGGCAACACGCGAUUUCGCAUUUACAGCGAUCCAGGACUUUGUCGUGGAAGGAAGCUGUCCGAAUAUCGAUACUAUUCCGCUCAAGCGCUUCAAGCCUUUGGCUGUCGAGACAAAGGACAUCAAGCCCGAAACGCAGAAGCUCAAAUUCUCCUUCUCCAUGGAACAUGCGGGAAUGUUCGAAGUCGCCCAGCUCAAGCUCGUGCUGAUCAAUGGGCAGAACAUGCCGGUUGUGCGUGGUCUUGAGGAUGUGAAGAUGGUGGACAAUAGGGUCGUGUUUGAGGGCGAGUUUCCAUUCGACGAGUUUGUCAUGGAUGGGUUGACGAUCGCGGCGAUCACCAUGGGAAAAGAUACGUUUGCGAAUGCGAAUGAGGUCGCUCAACAGACGGUAUUUGGGCCAGGAAUCAUUGAGGUGAAUUGA